AUGGAAGUCGGGAUCUCUCUACCUUGGGCCGGCCUGGCCGCCGUCGCCGCUACCGGAGUCACCGGAGCUUUCAUUUAUAACUUUGGCCUGUGAGUAGUGACCGAGAGCCGGGCCGAACAGCGCGGGCUUUGUGUCCUUCAUGGGGGGCGGGGGACUGCCACUCCUAUCAUCCCCGGGGGGGACUAACACUCCUAUCAUCCCCGAGGGGGGGACUGCCACUCCUAUCAUCCCCGGGGGACUGCCCUCCCCUAUCAUCUGGGGACUGCCGCUCCCUAUCAUCCCCAGGGACGCCUACUCCCUAUCAUCCCGGGGGACUAGCUCCCUAUCGUCCCCGAGGGGGGACUAGCUGCUCCUAUCAUCCCCGAGGGACACCCCUCCCUAUCAUCCCCGGGGAAGGGGGACUGCCGCUCUAUCAUCCCCGGGGGACUCACUCUAUCAUCCCCGGGGGAUUGCCACUCCUAUCAUCCCCGGGGGGGGGGGACUGCCACUCCUAUCAUCCCCGGGGGGGGAGCGGGGGACUGACACUCCUAUCUCCCCAUAAUAAUCUAUGGACAGAGGAAUAAUAAUGAUAAUCUAUGGACAGAGGAAUAAUAAUAAUCUAUGGGUUUAAUUCACUACAUUAAGGGAUUUAAUGGGGAGGGGAAAUCAAAGGAAUUUAGUGAGAAUUUCAAAUAUUAAAUACAAAUUUGAAGAUUUCUCCAGAUCAGCUGUGAUUUCAGUCUUUUUGGGGCUGUUUUUGGAUUAAUAUCUGAAUUUUCUUUAAAUAGCACCGUGUUUUAUUUGUAAUUGUUAAUCUAUUAAUUGUUAGAUUUUAUUAUAAGACUAAUGUCAACAGAACUAAUGGACAGAUGCACUUGUUACCAUGGCAACAUAACAAGUCUGGUCUCCCCGGAUUGUCAUGGAACCCCAGUACACGUGGUGCAUCUUAUUUAGUAAACAUUGAGUUAUUGUGAGCUGAAACACAAAAAAUGGAAUGCAAUAUUUAGGCAAAAAUGGUAAAUAUGGUGAAAUUCGGACCAGUGUGCUCUAGUCACAGCUUGCUUAUUUUAGCCUGUAUUCAGCUCUCUGUGAUUUUGUGUUUAGAGAAUAAACUCCUGCAAACUGCUCAAAGUCACUUGUGUUUUCAGUUCAAGCAUUUUGUCCUAAAAUGUAAAAUUCACCUUGAAUUAUUGCCAAUUCUUGCUAUAAAUGGUCAUUCCUAGCACUGUAAUGAAAAAUUAGUUUGACAUUCUAUUCUUUUAGGGUGUUUUUGUAUUUCCCAGUUUCUGGAAAGACAGAAGAAACAAAAUAUUGUCUUCCAGCUGUUUUGCAACAAAACGUUAAUGAAAAAUAUGUAAAACAUGUAAUAUUAAGGAUGCCUUACAGUGAAGUUGGAGUGACAGGGACUGACUUAGUGUAUUGGGAACUUCCAUAAAUCUCUUGUAUAUUUUCUUUUACCAUAAUCAACACAGCUGUCGUGUCUUUUACCAUUAAAUUGGGUAAUAGUAACAACCCCUGGAUGUUGGGCUCAGGACGUACCUUUCCUGGUUAAAUACUUUAUUAUAUAUUUGUAGUGGUGAGUGCCCGUUUUUGUGUUGUUUGUGUUUGCACUUUGCUGUAUGUUGGUUCAGUCAAGUGACAUGCUAUGCACAUACAUGUAUAUGUGAGGCUUUCUCUUGGUGCUCAUGUGUACAGUCCCUGGUAGCGCAUGUUUAAAAAUUCUUGUGGGACUGUCCUGUAUUGGGAACUAAGCAAGUACUUGGUGUUCGCCUUCUCUUCUUUGUAUGAGUGGUUCUCUUAUUAUAUUCCAUAUUAGAAUAGUCUGUUUUCAUUUCUGGCUUUGUGGUAAAUUGGAUCUGGUGGUUCCCAGCUCAGUCCUCAAUACCCACCGGCAGUCCAGGAUUUAGCCAUUUCCCAAAUUAAGUUCCUGUGGGGUUACUGAAAAAGCCCAGACUCUUGGUGAGGACUGGGUUAGGAUCCACUACUGGUAUGUGUAUGCAAUAAGACACUGCUGAAACAUGCACCAGCUUCUUCAGUCAAAUCUAAAUGUUGGAUAUCAUUGGUAUUAGAUAGGAAAUGUUUAUAAUGUAUUGUUAAAGGACCACUAUAGUGCCUUGAGGGUGCCCCCACCCUCAGGGACCCCCUCCCGCCGGGUUCUGGGGGGAGGAAGGGGUUAAACGUACCUCUUUCUCCAGCGCCGGACGGGGAGCUCUCCUCCCUCUUCUUCCGUCACCGGAUGAAUGCGCAUGCGUGGCAAGAGCCCCCGCGCAUUCAGCCAGUCCAUAGGAAAGCAUUCACAAUGCUUUCCUAUGGACGUUGGCGGAAGCCCUCUAGCGGCUGUCAAUGAGACAUCCACUAGAGGCUGGAUUAAUCCUAUUAUAAACAUAGCAGUUUCUCUGAAACUGCUAUGUUUAUUUAAAAAAAAAAAAAAGAGGGGGGGUGGGUUAAACCUAGCAGGACCUGGCACCCAGACCACUUCAUUAAGCUGAAGUGGUUUGGGUGCCUAUAGUGGUCCUUUAACAUACACUUCAGCUUCUGUUCAACAUUACUGUAAUCUGCUGUGUGAACAAAUCUGGUAAUAUACUACAGAUUUAAGGGGACACCAUUGACUCUAAAUAUUCCAUCUUAUUGAAUUGCUUAUAGUUCCUCACAUGCUGUCUCUCCAUUCAGUGUUAAACCACUUUCUAGCAGGUUAACAGUAAAUAAUGGCACCUGGCCACCCACCGUUCAGCCCUCACUAGGAGUAUGACUGAGGAAGAGAUUGCACACUUCCUUCUAGGCAUACCAAUAUUUAAAAUCUGUAAAAUGACUGCUUGAUGGCUGCCUGGUCAACUUUGUAACGUUAAUGUUGAUGCCUUUUAAAUGUGAUUGACACCCAUCUCCUGAUUGCUGUAAUAUGUGUCAGUCUGUCAAUUCAAAUGUCAAGUGAACAAUAAGGCAACAGUACUGACCCCAAAUAAUUAAAAAAAAAAUUAUGUUCAUUUACUCCCCACAUACGGGUUUAGCAUUCAUUCUGCAACAUCCAGCAUACAGAGCUUGCGAUGCAGCGGUCUACGUGUUUCGUACUUCAACAUUUUAACAAAAAUCUUGUUAACAAGCCUUGUUGAAGUACAGAAUGCGAAAAAUCUUGUUAACAAGCCUUGUUGAAGUACAGAAUGCGUAGACUGCUGCUAUACUGGCGAAUUGCAAGCUUUGUAUGCUGGAUGUUGCCGAAUUGAUUUUAAACCUGUACAAGGGGGGAAGAAAAUAAUAAAUGCACUUCAACUCAUACCAACAAUGGGCACACUCUCAGCCAAUCACAGCUGCUACUGGUGCUGUGGCCAAUGCUUCCUUAUUAGCUCAUGCUAAAAAUAUUUUAAUAUACUAAAUGUAAGGACGGCGGCAGGGGACUCACUUAAAGGAACACUACAGACACCAUAACUUUAAUUGGAAUUAAGUUGUUAGUGCCAGAAAUUCCCUGGCACUGGCGUACUAUUAAGGAUUAAACGGUUUACCACCAAAGUAAGUUACCUGGCGCCUGAUCUGUUUGCACCCUGUCUUUCUGCUGCUGAGAAUCUCGGCUGACAUUGUAAGCCAAUCAGUAGCUUCCCAUUCACAAAGGGAAUUGCUAAACAUAUGCAUUUUUCUCAAGCUGUUUUGCCAAUGAACAGCUAGUGAUUACUAAUCAGCGGUGUCCCUUGGUGAGGCUUUGUAUUUUAAGAUUCUCAGCAACAGAAGGAUAGGGACAGAGCAAAUGGGUGUUGGAUCAUGGACUUUGAGAUUUGUAAACCAUUUAACCCUUAAAGAUAAGCCAGCGGCAGAGACCUUCAGGCAUAAUAAAUUGAAUUCCAAUGAAGUUGUUUUGGUGCCCAGAGUGUUCCUUAAAAUAAGAUGAAGCAAUUAUGCCAGAUGCACACUGUACACAAGCCACCCUUUCAGACUGCUAAAACCCCACAGACCAACACGAGCUGCUAAUCACUGCGGCAUGCUUAAGCCUUCAGACAAAACAAAAUCCCUAUACAACCUUGGUUCAUACUGCCAGUCCUCAAUGCGCCACUAAUAACAGCUCUGAAGUAGUUUAAAGGAUCACUGCAGUGUCAGGAAAAUGAAUAGUUUUUUUCUGACACUAUAGUGUGUUGAGGGUGCCCCCACCCCCAGGGUCCCCCUCCCGUGGGGCUGAAGGGGUUAAUACCCCUUCAGCAGCUUACCUUAAUCCAGCGCCAGGCUCACUCGGUGCUGGUGACCUCUCCUCCCCCGCCGCCGUCAGCAGAGCCGAAUUUUUCAAUGCUGUCCUAUGGACGCUCUGCGUGAUGGAGGCAUAAUAAGCCUCUAGCGUUGCAGAUGCGCCUCUAGUGGUUGUCCGGAAGACAGCCGCUAGAGGCUGACUUAACCCCAAAUGUAAACAUAGCAGUUUCUCUGAAUCUGCUAUGUUUGCAUCUGAAGGGUUAAAACCUGAGGGACAUUGCACCCAGACCACUUAAUUGAGCUGAAGUGGUCUGGGUGACUAGUGUCCCUUUAAAGAUUUUCACACCAACCCCUGUAAUUACACAACAUAUAUCAUAGACUUGCUUAUGUAUAUUUUUAAACCUAAUUGUAAUAGUACUAUUGCAAAAAUGAUCUUUUGUGCCAUUUUUGAGAUUUGUCUUAAUUAUUUUGAAGAGGUUUGACAAAUAACAGGGCUCUCUCGACAUUUAGCUGUUGCUUACCUAAUGAAGAUGUGAAUGUCUGCUUUUGCCUGUUACCCUCUGGAUGACUGAUAGGCUAAAACCAUUGAGCUAAACACCCCCAGCACCCUCAGCCUAUCAUUGCCUUCAAAGUCAAGGCAUGGGCAGACUAAUAGGAUUAGUUUCCCGUUAAUGAGAUCUUUACACUCAAGCUGUUGUGCACUACUGUUUUGCAAAUCUAAACACUUGGUGAGUCUCAUGGAAAAUGUCUACACCAGCCAUCACUAGAGCUCAUACAUCACAGCUUUGAUCAGCUGCAUUCACACAGCUAAAAUGAAAUUGUCCCUCUUUGUUCAUUUGAGAUAAUUAAAUGUGGGAUGUUUUUGCUUUGUGACCUAGUGCAUUACAAGAUACUUUCAAAGUAUCGGUAACUUGCUUUGGCUUCUCGGGGUAUGCUCUUGUAGCAUUCUAUAGUCCUGCUUUAUUUGAUGAUCCUUUUAGUAGUGUUUUAUGGGCGUAAGUUCAGUUGUCGAUGUUCAUUUUGGAAAGUUAAAUCUUAAAGCAACACUGUGUAGGCAACAUAACCACGCCAGCGAAUUCAAGUGUUUAUGGUGCCCGUAGUCCACAAGCGCCAUAUCCUGGUCCAAACCAGUGUCUUACCAUUUCACAUUGAUGUAGCUUCUCUUGUUGCUCGCAGCCUUGCCCCCAAUGACUGUAUGGAGAUGUUGCGGUUUUGCCCUGCCUUACGCCAUACCCCUCAGUGUUAUUCUGAGAGCCUUGAAAGUUGGCGCUACUCUCCUUCUUUGCUGUGCAAUCAUUGGGGUUUGGACUAAGCACUGAUGACCCUGCAUCCUUGUGAAACGGUAAGAUAACGGUUAGACAGAUUCGGAAGAGGCUGCCCCCACGACAAGCUCCAUAACAACUUCAUUGAGUUUAAGUUAUUUCUGUGCCUAAAGUGUUCCUUUGAAUAAAACUCCCAUAAAAAAAUGUACAUCUGCAUUUAUCGAAUAAAGACAAACUCCUGUGGGCUGGUGAAAAUAGGGAUAAGAGGGUAAGAUUACGGGGCAAAACAAAUUUCUUUAUUUAAAUAACAAUAAACAUUGAAUAAUCAAGUGUGUGCCAUGUGUUGUGUGUUGCAAGCCUGGUAUUAGUGACACUUGAGGACUGGCCCUGUUAACCAAGGAUGUAUUGUGAUUUUGUUAUGUCUGAAGGAAUGAAUCCCUAAGGUCUGUUCUUGCCACUGCUCGUGCAUACUGCAGUGAUUAGCCAUUUGUGGGGUUUUAACAGUCUGAAAGAGUGGCUUGUGUACAGUGUGAAUCUGUUUUGAAAGGCCUCCUGUCCCAGGGAUUAAAAAGGGGCAACUGUAACUGACUGUGGGAUUAUUCUAAACAUGAUACUGAAUGGAGAGCUGUAACAAGAAAAUUGUAAUUUACUUGACAAGAAGCAGAUUGGUUUAUGACUGUAACAUCCGUCACCUUCCUGUGAUCACACUGACACAGCUGGCUUCUCUAGAUUUAUUACAGCUAAGCUGUAGUGGUGUGGAUUUCAUUGACAUCACAUGUUUUUUUUUUUUUUUGGGGGGGGUUGUUAAAAUCUUUAAUAUUUGCAACCAAAUCGAGAUUUCAUAUUUAGAAUGAUCACUUUUCUGAUCAGUUUUACAGUUAUAUUCGAUUUUGUUAUAUUCCAUUAUAAAUACAUAGAUAAUAGGGAAAUUCGUGCUCGGUGAACUAUCUCCAGUUUACUAGGUUAAUCUCUCCUAUUUGGAGAACAACUUGGUGUAACUUCAGCCGUCAUGACCAAGUUGCUGUAGUGGUUAUGAUGUUAAGAGUACCCGGCGCCGCACCCUGUUAAUGGCACAAAUUGUUUUACAACAGUUUACCUUCUUACCUGCCAGGUCUCCUCUGAAGUAGGAUAUACAGCAUUCAGCUUCUGCUGAGAUGCACGAGCUCAAUGCGGGUCCUGCAUUCAUUGACUGAGCACAUCACUUGACUACCUUUUUAGUCAAUGAAUUGCACUGACAUUUUCACAGAUCUGAUAUUGGUGAGCUCAGGGCUCUAGUUCCAGGGUGUUUGUUGACACCCCUAAGCUCUGUAUGUGCAGAGUUUAGAAGCGAAAUACUUUUAACCACUAAAGGGGUUAUGGUGCCUGGAGUAACUAUUUAAAUGAAAGGUGUUCAUUGUGUGUCUAUGUAGAUUUGCAGAGUAUAUGUAGGAUGAAGGUCUUUUCCAGAACUUUGUGUUUAUUUUAUAACCAUUUUCUGUGAAACUAUGUAUAUUAUCUCUGCAAACACAAGUUUACCUUUAAUCCAAGUUAUACAUUUACUAAAAAAAAAAAUAUAUAUAUUGCACGAAAAUAGUCUCCUGCUGCAUAUCUGUUCCAUACUGAACAACAUUUGACAUUAAUGUAUCUUAAAGAGAAAAGUAUCUUUUGGAUAGAUUUUGUUCCUCCAAAACAUACAUACAUUGGGAUGAACAGUAUCUCACAGUGUAUGCACACAAGAGGUGCCCCUCUUACAAUUCCAAAGCACUUUGUUUGGGUAGCCUAAUUGAUCAAACUCUACACAAUUAUCAAGAGAUGUUGGCAACUAAGCCCGGAGUGUCCUUUUUAGUAGGUUUUCUCUUAAAUCUGUAGUGUUGACCAAUUCCAUUCUCUCGUAUGUAGAUAGUUUUUGUUUUAAUUCAAUCUAAUUUCAGUCAACUAAUUUCUCCUGGUAUCAUGCGAUUAGCUCACAAUUUCUAUGCAGUAUGUUACAGCAUGUAUGUCCUUAUAACAUAGUGAUUAAUAUGUCUUCUUUCUCCACUAGAAAACGUCCUAGUCACGUGAAGGUCAACUGCUGGUUUUGCAAUCAGGACACUUUUGUACCUUAUGGUAACAGAAACUGCUGGGAUUGCCCCAGCUGUGAACAGUACAACGGCUUCAAGGAGGUAAGCUUGACGGGACAGAGUUUGGGUAAUAAUUAGUCUGGAUUUUUUUAAGCACUUGUCAAAUUAGCAAGCAUUCUACUGUACUCAAAUUAAAAGAAACCUGCAAAGAUCUUUUAGAGAAAAAUGGAUUUCAAGUGUUUUUUUUUUUUUUUUUUCACUCCCAUUUUUUGUCGUCUGUUAUCCAAGCCUGCAUCUGCUUUAUUGGUAUACUUUAGGACAAUGUUUUGAUUACAUUUUGUUUAUUUAUUUUCCUCCACUCUCUCCCUCAAUGAAUUUCUAACUUGUAUGGGCAUAUUAUACGCCUCGUAUACCUCUGAUAAAUCAAUACAUGCUGUUUUAGCUAGUUAAACCUUCUUUGUGUUUUACCAGCGAUCUUCUCUGUGUGCUAAAGUGAAAUCUUUGUUCCAUGCUCAUUUUUAGAAAUGUUUACAUGAAUGUUACUCUUUUUUUUGCAGAAUGGAGACUACAACAAGCCAAUUCCUGCCCAGCACCAUGAACAUCUGAAUCAUGUAGUGUCUGGAGGAAGCCACCUACCUGAUGUCAUUAAACCCCAACAGUGGGUAAACUGCCAGACUCUGCUUUGCAAAAAAUGCAAUGUCAAUCAAAACACCAUAAUUAAGCAACUGGCAUCUUUUGUACCAAGGGAUGAUGUAAGUAUCAAGUUGCAAUGGCUUAGUACUCAACUAACCUGUGUUUAUCUGGUAAGGAGUAUGAAUGUGUGAAGGUGGUGUGUUUAAUGCAAUAUGAAUUUUACCAGAAGUUUUAUAUUGCACGCUGUUCAUGGCAUUCGAUGCAGUGGUAAGGAAGACCAUAGUUUGGAUACUGUAUUGAAUAGUUUAAUGGGGUCUCUUGCUGUAGAAGCAUAGAUCAUAUUUAUUUAAAUGUGUUUUGUUAUGUAUCUGACUAGGCCACCACUGUCACUACUGUGGUUACAGUGGAGCAGUAAGGAGUAUCUUAUUAGGAAGAAUAAAAUUCUUUGUACCUUUUUAAUACGGGCUAUAGUUUAUUCCAGUAAUUAUACAAAUCCGCCUCCAGAGUUUAGUGACUAAUCAAAGCAUUUAGUAGAGAAAGGUGGGAAAGCGACAUCUACUUCUGCUGUUUGGGAGACACUCUGACUUCUGUUUAAUCCGGUUUACACUUGUCCCUUAGAACCGAUACGAUGAGGAAAUUGAGGUAUAUAAACAUCACUUGGAGCAGACAUACAAACUGUGCCGCCCAUGCCAGGCUGCCGUAGAAUGCUACAUCAAACACCAGAACCGGCAGCUGAGAGCUCAUAUGCUGAACCAGCAUCUGAAACACAGGGAAACAGAUAAAUACCAUAUUAAGGUGAGCAAUGAGAAGAUCAUGGUAGCUGCAACUCGAUAUCAGAACUGGCUGCUUGUCUCUUUCUGAUAUUUUGGGGUAUGUUCACAAAAUACUGAAUUGUAGCGAUUAGAGAACAGUUGCACAAUUUAGGUGAAAAUAGCAGAUUUGGAAAUUUUCCAACUCUGCUAUAUUCAAAUAUUGAUUAUUUUAGCUCUGAAUAUCAUUACAAUUCAGUAUUUAGUAAGUAAAUGCAAUAAAAAUAACUGGUUUGCUGUCAUAUUGCUGCAACCUCUGUAAAACCAGCACCAAGAUAAGGGUGCAGUUAUGUAUUGUGUUUUGCAUGGUGAGAAAACCUAAGCACAUGUAGUGACAGAACACAAAUAAAGUGUUAUAGUACACAUCCAGUAUUGCACAUGCCCAAUAACAAGGGAAAUACAUUUUCAAGAUGUUCUUGAUUCGAUCAGCAAUCAUUCAUCGCAUCAAAUGAGCAGAAAAAUAUUCCUAAAAUUGUAUUUUAAUACAAUAUAACUUGUUGAAAAAUACUUAUGUAAAUUGCUUACUUGCCCCCUUUUGUGCAAUCCUGCUGUGUAUGCAUUACAAUACUUUCAUUUAUAUCAUCAUAUCCAGCUUAAAUCGUGAUUCCAGCCAUCUUAACCACCGUCUGUUGGGGUUUUGAUGGGCCCCAUUUCUCGGUACUGGGGCAAGCAUUUUUGCAAUGGUUGGCCCUCUUACGUCAUUCCUGCCAGGCACUGAGUCUCCUUAAUAACAUAAAUGAUGGUGCUUGGAAAAACCCUUUUAGGGUACACUUGAAUCACCAAAACAACUUAAUAAAGUGGUUUUGUGUAUUGAGCAUAUCCUUGCAGUCUCACUGCCCAAUUAUUUGCCAUUUAGAGGAAAAUCACUUUUUGUGCAGCCCUAGCCACACCUCCCCUGCAUGUGACUGACUUACACAGCCUCCCUACACACUUCCGGAAAAAGAGCACACAUAUUUUAGCUUCCUUUUGUUGCACAGCAUGUUUAAUUUAGGAGUUGUUAGCUGUCAAGAGCCUACAACAGCCUCCUAUGUCAUUACAAGUUCUUGUUCUCGUCUCCUGCUCUAUUUAUUGAGAGCAAAAAAAAAGCGCAAGAGUAUACUGAGAACGGACAUCAGCUGAAAUAGCCUGCCCUUCGGUGGGUCCCCGCUCAGAUCUGAAGCUGGUUUUAGCUCAUCUUGUGCCAUUACAGAGAGAACAUAUCUGAAGCAUAUCAGACUGGUCCCACCCAUACGGGCAGUCCAGAUCUGGAAUGCCAGCACGUUCCCUCUGCACGAGAGAGACAGCAACCCCAGACAAUUGUUUCAGCCUUGUUAGGCAUCAUCAGUGAGGCAUAGCUGAUAUCUCCCAAGCACCGUGAGCAAGGGGUCCAUGUCUGGAUUACCCUUUAAACUUAUGGAGAGCAAAAAAGAAAUUGAGCGGUUGUCCAUUAUCAGCACUCUCUCGCGACUUGUUUUUUGCUCUCCUUAAAUUUAAAUGGUAAUCCAGACGUGGACCCCUUGCUCACGGUGCCUGGAGGGGUAUUUGCUAUACCUCACUGAUGAUGCCUAACAAGGUUGAAACGAUUGUCUGUCUGGUGUUGCUGUAUCUCUCGUGCAGAGAGAGCGGGCCUGUAUUUUGAAUCUGUUCUGCCCUUUUGGGUGGAAUCAGGCUGAUAAGCAUGACCUUGUUCUCUCUUUAAUGGCACAAGAUGAGCUAAAACCUGUCUUUGUCCGUUCUCGGCACUCUCUUGCGACUUGUUUUUUGCUCUAUUUAUUGAACAAACACAUUUGUUAAACCUCCCCACAGAGGUGUGUCAAGUGCUACCUAAACAGUGGUUGAACUCUUAAAUGGCUGAGAACUAAGCAGUGAGACUGAGGAGACAUGAGCUAGACACUAAGACAACUUAAGCUAAAGUUGUUUUGCACUUUAUGAAAUUAGCACUCUGAUUUAGAACACCAUUCAAACUGGGGCCCCUAAUGCUCAUGUCUAGAAAUAGUGAGGUUUGUAGACCGUGGAAUAAAACAAUUUAUUCUUAUUUGUUUGGUGUGUUACACUAUAGUUGUGUUUUUUGGGGGGGCGAGGGGGGAUGGUAUAGAUCCGCAGAUCCUUCAAACCAGUAAACUCUCUUGCACAGUCUAAUAGAAUGACAAGUACAGCAGAGUGGAGUAUAAAAUGUUUAUUCUCCACUGUACUUCCCUCCAUGGGACAUAAUAAAGUCCCAUAAUGCUCCAGGUUUCUUCUGUCAAUUGUGUGACAUGGUCUGUACAAGUGCAUCCAUCCUAUGACAUGCUUUGUCUUCAAAUUUGACUGCACUAAUGGGUUAAAUAUGUACACUACAUGUCUUAACUGCCAGAACAAAAUAAAAUGUAGUGUAAUUAAAAAAUAAAAAUGUACUUAAAAUGUGUCUUCUUAAUGCUGCAGGGUUUUGGACCUUCCUUAUCCUGCCAAGUUCCAAUGCAUAUCCUCAUACUUCGCAUAUUCACCUUCUUAAGUUGCCUAUUCCUGCUGUGGCUGAAUGUCUUUGGCCCUGGCGACCUGUUCAUCUUCUCCACGGAAAACACAAAGAUUUCUGAAGAACCAAUUCAAAGUCCAUUGUUGACUUUUUCAUCUGAUGACAGACUUAAUGGCUUCUGGAUGGCAAUAUUGAAAACUGCUAAAAUACUGAAUGAGGCAUGGUGCUAUGGCCAGACUCACCCGAUGGAAGUGGCAUUACUUGGAACAUGUGCCUCCAUUUUGGCUUUUGUCUCAGCCGGUCCCAUCAGGUUAGUGUUCAUAAACCAAUUUUUUUUUGCAUGCUGAAGAGUGCUAGGGAGGGGAAGGUAAUGGUAUUGGAUUAUUCAGGAUACUUAAAGCACCACUAUAGUGCCAGGCAAACAAACUCUUGUUUCCUGGCACUCUAGGGUCUUUAGGAUCCCCCCACCCUCAGGGUCCCAAUCCCGCCGGGCUGAACGGGCAGGAAGGGGGUUAAUCACUUACCUUUCUCCAGUGCCCGACUCCCUCAGCGCUGGGGAAAUCUCCUCCCUCUUCCGACGUCGGCGUUGAAUGCGCACGCGCAUUCAAUCGGUUUAUAGGAAAGCAUUUCUCAAUGCUUUCCUAUGGACGUCAGCAUCUUCUCACUGUGAAAAUCAGUGAGAAGCGCAUCUAGCGGCUGUCAAUGAAACAGCCACUAGAGGUUGGAUUAACCCUAAUGUAAAUAUUGCAGUUUUUCUGAAACUGCUAAGUUUACAGCUGCAGGGUUAACCUUAGAUGGACCUGGCACCCAGACCACUUCACUGAGCUAAAGUGGUCUGGGUGCCUAUAGUGGUCCUUUAACUAAUUCAUGUAAACACUUUAUUUUAUUUUUUUUUGUAGGUUCCUUUUAAAAAAACUAGUGUAUGGAGUAUAAAGAAAUGCUGAAGUUGUUAUUUUGUAAUUUAGGCAUUAUCUCACAUAUUAAUUUGCUGGAAUUGCAAAUUGGACUGUCUUAAAAGAUGAACAUGUUUAGGGACCCGUGAAAUAGUUUGAUCCCUCCAGAUAAAAUCAGAGAAAAUGUAUUGAUUGUGUAACUGAUAUUUUUACGAUUAUGAAGAACAAGAAAAAUGGAUUGUGGCCAACUAAAAAUAAAAUUCCAAAAUUAAAUAGCUAAAAUAAAAAAUUGCAUAGUUAGAAUUUUUUUUUUUGUCCAAAUUGUCUAUUCUUGUCUAAAUGUUUCAUAUCCAUUUUCCAUUCAUUGUAGUUUAGUAAAUAAGCCCAUGUGUAUUGCUGUAGAAUGCAGUUACCAGCAAUUUAUAUCAGGUCAUCUCUAUUUCUGCAACAUAGUCAUCACACAUCAGCUACCUAAAUUUCUAAUAAACUCACAUUUGUAGUUGCAUACCUAAUGGUUUUGCUGAGGUUUGGAUUUAAAGGAUCACUAGAAGCAUCCAGACCACUUCAUCAUAAUGACGUGGUCUGUGUGCAGUGACCCUGCUGCUUUGGUAAUGCUCUUGUAGUAGAUAUGGCAAUGUCUACAUUGUAGGUCUUCCUAACAGCCAAUACUGAUGCUUCCUCUUACAAUUUCAGUAUUCCACAAAAGUGAAUAUUUUUUGUAAAUAUUUUAUAUCUUUUCAUGUGACAACACGGAAGAAAUGACUCUGCUUCCAUGUAAAGUAGUAAGUGUACAACCUGUAUAACAGUGUAAAUUUGCUGUCCCCUCAAAAUAACUUAACACAUUAAUGUCUAAAUCAUUGGCAACAAAAGUGAGUUAGUACACCCUUAAGUGGAAAUGUCCAAAUUGUGCCCAAAGUAUCAAUAUUUUGUGUGGCCACCAUUAUUUUCCAGCAAUGCGUUAACCCUCAUGGGCAUGGAGUUCACCAGAGCUUCACAGGAUGCCACUGGAGUCCUCUUCCACUCCAUGACAACAUCACGGAGCUGGUGGAUGUUGGAGGCCUUGCAUUCCCCCACCUUCUGUUUGAGGAUGCCCCACACAUGCUCAAUAGGGUUUAGGUCUGGAGACUUGCUUGGCAUGUCCAUCACCUUUACCUUCAGCUUCUUUAGCAAGGCCGUGCUCGUCUUGGACGUGUGUUUGGGGUCGUUAUCAUGUUGGAAUGCUCCCUUGCGACCCAGUCUCCGAAGAGAGGGGAUCAUGCUCUGCUUCAGUAUGUCACAGUACAUGUUGGCAUUCAUGGCUCCCUCAAUGAACCUUAGCUCCCCAGUGCUGGCAGCACUCAUGUAAGCCCAGACCAUGACACUCCACCACCAUUCUUGACUUUAGGCAAGACACACUUGUCUUUGUAGUCCUCACCUGGUGUGGUCACCACACACGCUUGACACCAUCUGAACCAAAUAAGAUUAUCUUGGUCUCAUCGGACCACAAGACAUGGUUCCAGUAAGCCAUGUCCUUAGUCUGCUUGUUUUCAGCAAACUGUUUGCGGGCUUUUUUUUGUUCAUCAUAUUUAGUAGAGGUUACCUUCUGGGACGACAGCCAUGCAGAUCAAUUUGAUGCAGUGUGCGGUGUAUGGUCUGAGCACUGACAGGCUGACCCCCCCCCCCACCCCUUCAACCUCUGCAGCAAUGCUGGCAGCACUCUUACGUCUAUUUCCCCGACCAUGACGAGACCUGUUCUGAGUGGAACCUGUCCUGUGAAACCGCUGUAUGGUCUUGCCCGCCGUGCUGCAGCUCAGUUUCAGGGUCUUGGCAAUCUUCUUAUAGACUAGGCCAUCUUUAUGUAGAGCAACAAUUUAUUUAUUUAUUUUUUUCAAGAUCCUCUGAGAGUUCUUUGCCAUGAGGUGCCAUGUUAAACUACCAGUGCGAGAGCGAUAACACCAAAUUUAACACACCUGCUCCCCAUUCAUACCUGAGACCUUGUAACACUAACGAGUAACAUGACACCAGGGAGGGAAAAUGGCCAAUUGGGCCAAAUGUGGACAUUUCCACUUAGGGGGGUGUACUUACUUUUGUUGCCAACGGUUUAGACAUUAAUGGCUGUGUUGUUAUUUUGAGGGGACAGAAAAUUUACAUUGUUAUACAGGCUGUACACUUACUACUUUACAUUGUAGCAGAGUGUCAUUUCUUUAGUGUUGUCACGUUAUAGUUUUCAUUUUUUUAUAAUACAAGCAGGAAGAGAAAGCACUUGCUCCAUUUGAUUUAAUCUUGGAGCUCCCCAAUCCUGCAAUACAGAACUGCCAAAUUCCUCCACAGUAAUCCUACUGUGCAUUAAAAAAAUAAAACAAAAUCCAUCAUUUUUGGUAUCUUUAAGCAUUACGAUGUUGUAUGUUUUUUGGGUUUAAUUAAAGUUACUUUUAUAUUGCUCUAGGCUGCGCCGAAUUGAUGCUCUUGCCACAUUUCUGUGGAUGAUGGUCGCCUCUGUCUACCUAAUCCAGCGAUAUCUUCUGACUGAAUUUCCCACCCUGGAUUCUGCUCGUCUUGGCGUCACGUCCUUGUGCUGUCUGGCCUGCUGCAUAUCUUCUAUGACAACAUACAAGGUUCACAAGAAAAAACAGCUGAGAAGGUCAGAACCAGAACCGUGAAUCCUGGGACCCAGAAUAUCCUCGUCCCCGUUUUCAGCCGUUCAAUCUGCAUCUGUCUUUCUCCGUUCCUCAUCGUCUUCUCUCCUCUCCAUGCUUCUGUUAAGAGUUCAUUCCUCUAGUUACUUUUAAGACAUAGUGUAGAGCCAUUGACUUAAUAAAAAAGAGGGUUACUGCUUUUACAUAUGCUAAAUGUACCAUUGGAUGUCGGUAUGCAAUUCUUGCACUUGAAUAUUAAGGUGGUUUUAGGAAAUGCUAGAAUGUUUAUAUAAUUUCUAAUUUUGUUAUUAUUGUUAUGUGACACUGUGCACAUCUUGUCCAUUUAUAAAAGCAGUGUGUUUUAGGCUGGUGGGAUUUUAUAUUUAAUUUUUUUUUUUUUUUUAAGCCAUUUAUGUGCCAGUAGAAGUCUACAUAUUUAGCUAUAAAAUGCUUCCAUCAAAGUACCUGAAGACAUAUGGCUAGUACUACAUAUGUGACCAGUGUUCUGGUUCAUGAUGAUCAUUAAUAGGUGUCUGUGUUCUAUCCUACCUUAAUCAACAUAGUUUAAUUUUUUUUUUUUUUUUGGUUAUUAACACUACUAUAAUUGACAGAUCAGUUUUUUCACUAAGAUCAUGAAAAGUGUUUUUAUAUGUGGUUAAAGGACCACUAUAGGCACCCAGACCACAUUAGCUUAAUGAAGUGGUCUGGGUGCCAGGUCCAUCUAGGGUUAACUCUGCCAGUUUCAGAGAAACUGCUAUGUUUACAUUAGGGUUAAUCCAGCCUCUAGUUGCUGUCUCAUUGACCGCCGCUAGAGGCGCUUCUGCGCUUCUCACUGUGAUUUUGACAGUAAGAAGACGCUAGUGUCCAUAGGAAAGCAUUGAGAAUGCUUUCCUAUGUACUGACUGUGCGCGUGGCUCUUGCCGCGCAUGCUCAUUCGCCGGAAGAUGGAGAGUCCCCAGCGCAGAGGGAGCCAGGCGCUGGAGAAAUGUAAGUGUUUAACACAUUCCUCUCCCUAGAGCCUGGCGGGAGGGGGGCUAUGAGGGUGGGGGGGGGGGGAACCUAUUAACACUAUAGUGCCAGGAAAACGAGUUAGUGGUCCUAUACUGGUCCUUUAAAUCACUUGAGUAGAGGAGGUUAGUUUCUAUUGUGUGCAUCACUACUAAGACUUUUUAUUUUUUCCAUUCUCAAUCAUUCUAAAGUUUCCAUAGGGGAAACCUUUAAGUUGUGGUUGGAAAAAGGUGCUAUAUUUAUCAUGAUUGAAAGUGUUAUGGAGAACUUCUACAUGACUGAUAGCUUCACCAAUACCGGUAUGCAAAUUCUUGGUUUUUAAUUGUAACUCACUAAAACUAAUUUUUUUUUUUUUUUUUAUUAUUAUUAUUUUAUUUAUUUUUAUUGAUUUUUUUCUGUUUUUGUUUUUGUGUUUGAUCUAACAUUUGAAUUAUCUGUAUGAAGAGCACAAAAAAGUGAAAACAUGUGGCCGGUGUGUAGCAUGAAACUUAUUGUGUAGUUUGUAAUUUUGAUAUAUAUUUAUUUAAUCUAUGUGCUGUGUAUGACAGAUUUCAAAGGGGGCACUACGUCCUAAUAUCAUGUAUAUGGAGACCACGGAAUGAGACGUAUGUAGAACAUCCCUACUCUUCUCACUGGGCUGCGGUUACAUACCUCCCUUUUUUAAAUAAAAUGAUCAGCACUGGAUGACUGGACAUAUGCAGCUUAUGCAGACAACAGGAAAUGGCUGAGUUUUCUAUUGUCCAGUAGUUUCAAACUUUCUCUUUAUGAAGGAAAGUGUUUUUUUUUUUUUUUAUUUUUUUUUAAUUGUAUGACAUACCUUUUUAGAUUUCUUAGUUGUCUGGUGUAUUUUAGUUACUUAAUUUUGCUAUUGAAGAGUGGAUAAAUGAACAGUUCUGUGCAAAUCCUGUUCUUCCCUAUUUGUCUCACAGGUGAUCAGCUGCAUGCACUGGUUGGUCAGUUCUUGAAUCUCUUACUUUUAAGCUAAGGCUUCUGUUGCUUAACAGGGAACAAAAACUGUCUCCUCCUGGAGCCGCAUGAGGCUAUUCCAAAUUAGGUCCACAACCUCCUUUAUUUAAGGCGGCAGCACCACACUAGUGUUGCGGCUGGCCCCGCCCGGCUCUGCCUCCUUGGCUGAGGUCAUCAGACUUGAUGAUCUCUGAUAACCCAAUGCUUUCCCAUAGGAACCUAACUUGCAUGUGCUGCAAAAUGCCACUCUGCGCCAGUCAGCAUCUCCUUAUAGAUGCAUUGAAUCAGUGCAUCUUUAUAGGGUGCGUUUAGCAUCUGCAUGCAGAUCGUGGAAAUGCUGAAUGCCUGUGCUACACACUGUGUAGCACGGACCCAAGAAGCUCUUCUAGUGGUCGUCUGAGUGACUGCUUCUAGAGGUGCUCCUAGGCAGUAGUGUAAACACUGCUUUUUCUCUGAACAGGCAGUGUUUCCAUUGCAAAAAAACCUGCAGGGACAGGCUAUAGACCCCAUAACUACAUUAAAGGGACACUUUAGUCACAAAACUACACAGAGAGAAUAUUUCUCUAUGCAGGCUUUAAAGAUGAGGGAAUUAAAAGGUAAGUUUGUCCUUCUAUGGCCCAGGAGCUGGGUAGCUCCAGGUUGCAUGUAGUGCUCUAAAUAAGCAUUGUCGCUGUCUUUAAAUAUCUCUGUAGUUGAAAAGAAAAUCUGACCAAAGAGCUAGCAAAUGUAAAAGUUCCCAAAUAUUGGCAUCUUUGGACCCGCAUGACACCUGCGACAUAAUUGUGGGGUGCCGUGUGUCGUUGGACAUUCCUGGUAAACAGACCAUUCAGUUUAGAGCAGAAAUCAGAUGUCACUCUCUGCCUUCCAGUUGGACAAUGAGUGUGUCUGUUAGAGCAGCUGCUGUUAACCCUGUGAUAUUAACUGCGGCUGCAUUGUGCUGUCCUUUUGCUGUGCCAUGUGUAUUUUAAUUUGUUUUCCAUCUCAUGUAGCUGAUCCAGCUGUCGGUCUGUUAUUUGCUUUCUGUGCCAGCCUUCUUUAUAUGACUGUGAACCAUCCAGUGUUAUUGUAAAACUUUUUUUGUGUUCGAUUUUUAUUUUGAACACAAAUUUUUAAUGUAUUCAACAAAAAUACUGCAUUUUUUUUUCCUUUUAAUAAAUGACCAUAAAACUUACUACGUUCAAUAAAUUGACUCCACUACCUGUGCUUUCAUACAACGCAUCAGGAGACACAUGACAUUGAACAGACCCCAACCUCUCUCAAACCUUGGGGUUUAUUCAAUAAAUGGGCAGCUAAGAAACUAUUUGACAAAACUAGCUGAAUAGGACAAUUUAUGUGCUAUUGUUUAUUGUACAUUAAUGCUAUCCAAAAUCUGCAAUUAGAUUUUUCACUUAAUUUUUAUUUAUAGUGUUAUACACUGAAAACAGCACUGUCGUAGUUUGGGGACUUUGGCAGGUUUGCAAAGAUCCCGCCCCAACCCCCCUUCCCAAAGGUGACAUCGCUGCUGGCCGAAGGGAGGCAGGUAAAGGUGAGAUAUACUUACCUGAACCUGUCUCUCACAGGCACUGCCAUCUUCUUCCUUCUGUCCCUCUUUAAUCUUCCACAGAGACACACAGAGCCAAUUCCCUGCAGCCAUCACUGGUGAUGACUGUCUGGAUUGACUCUGUAGCUCCGCCCAGUGUCUAAGAAAGUCUCUGGUGGAGAAAAUUAAAACGACAAUGUAGUCCCUACCUUUUCUCUGUGGACCUCUUUCAGAGAAAUUCCAACACAGUCAAAAGGAAUAUUUUUUUUUUUUUUUUUUUAUAAAGAUUUGAUCUAUAUGAAAUGCUCACUUUCAGGGGCUGACAGUGCCACUUUAAAUCCAAAUUGCUGUGAAUUUAAAUUGAAAUGGCAAAAACAGCUAAUCUUGAAAGUCUACUUGGCUAUAGUCACGAUUGUGCCAUUUUUCUCUUUCCAUUUUUAACAUACUAAAUUUCAGGAUUUAGUUAAAACACAGCUAGUACAUAAACACCCAUAUUACAUAAAAGGGACCUCUCACUUCAGAGAUAAAAGCACAGUCUAAAAUAGGGAUCGACCGAUUAUCGGUCUGGCCGAUAUUCUGUAUUUUCAGCAAUAUCGGUAUCGGCCAAUAAAGACGAUAUCUGGGUGCUGAGGGGGCCCAGCGCACUCUUACUUGCUUUCCCAUCAGCUCCCCUGUCUAACUCUCGCGAGUCCUGCGGCUGUUAGAGCAUUGCCAUGGGCUACCAUGGCAAAGUUCCGUGCGGCACAACGGCCGCGAGAGUUAGACAGGGGAGCUGAAGGGAGCUGCUGGGAAGGGAAGUAAGAGUGUGCUGGCCCCCCUCUGCACUUUCCACGCAAUAUUCACCCUCCCUCCCUGGCCAGGUAAGAAGCAUGGAGGGGGGACUAAAACAUCAUUAAAAAAAUAAUAUUUACACACACUCUGCAUUCAUUAUAUACACAUUACACACACUCUGCAUUCAUUAUAUACACAUUACACACACUCUGCAUUCAUUAUAUACACAUUACACACCCUCUGCAUUCAUUAUAUACACAUUACACACACACUCUGCAUUCAUUAUAUACACAUUACACACACACUCUGCAUUCAUUAUAUACACAUUACACACACACUCUGCAUUCAUUAUAUACACAUUACACACACACUCUGCAUUCAUUAUAUACACAUUACACACACUCUGCAUUCAUUAUAUACACAUUACACACACACACUCUGCAUUCAUUAUAUACACAUUACACACACACACACUCUGCAUUCAUUAUAUACACAUUACACACACACACUCUGCAUUCAUUAUAUACACAUUACACACACACACUCUGCAUUCAUUAUAUACACAUUACACACACACACUCUGCAUUCACAUUACACACACUCACAUUACACACACACACUCUGCAUUCAUAUAUAUUACUCUGCAUUCAUUACACACACACACACUCUGCAUUCACAUUACACACACACUCUGCAUUCAUUAUAUACACAUUACACACACACACUCUGCAUUCAUUAUAUACACAUUACACACACACACACUCUGCAUUCAUUAUAUACACAUUACACACACACACACUCUGCAUUCAUUAUAUACACAUUACACACACACACACUCUGCAUUCAUUAUAUACACAUUACACACACACACUCUGCAUUCAUUAUAUACACAUUACACACACACACUCUGCAUUCAUUAUAUACACAUUACACACACACACUCUGCAUUCAUUAUAUACACAUUACACACACCCUCUGCAUCCAUUAUAUACACAUUACCACACAUCCUCUACAUUAUAUACACAUAACACAUAUACACACACUCUGCAUUCUUUAUAUACACAUUACACAUUUACUUAACUCUGCAUUAUUGUGUAGAAACAUUUAAACAAAAAAAAAAAGGUAAAUGUACAAAAUAUCUGUAUCACAAGUCUCAUUAUUGCCUGAAAUUCACGAUCGGCUCUGCUAAAGUUAACGUAAAGGUUAGGCACUGCUGUUUAUUUGCAUCAAACAUACUUUCAUUAACCCAAUGAUCCCAAGCUUUUAGCCUGUGAAGGUCAGAUGGAAACAUGGAAAAAUAUGUGCAAUAUGGUCAGGUAGCCGCGCCAGUUGCUCAGAACUACUGCAGGGCAACGUUUAUCUCUGCACGCCUCCUUUGCAUUAUAAAAAGGUGAGGGUAACUUCUUUAAAUGGCUAUAGAUGGAAGCAUUGCAGUUACUGGUUAAAGUGGCACUGUCAUGCCAAACUACUAUUUCUCUUCCUCUCUCAGCAUCAUCUUUUCUUCCUUUCUGGUCUCGUUUUCUUUAAAACGGAAGACAAAUUAGGGACUACUAUGUCUUAUGUCUUUUUCCUACGCCUGACAUUCCCUGACACAAGGAGGAGCUUAGGUCAGCUCCAUUUACGUAUUGAGGGAAAACUUUCUCUGACAGGUAGUGGAACUAACUUAAGCUCCCCCUUGUGUCAGACAAUGUCAGGCGUAGGAAAAAGACAUAAGACAAAGUAGUCCUUACUCCUUAUUUUGUUUUAAAGAAAACUAAAUGAAGAACUAACUGGAGAACUGAUUCUGAGAGCGGAAGAGUAGAGAAAACAAUAGGCGAAAGGUAAGUUCAGUGUGACAGUGCCGCCUUAAAGGAACACUAUAGCCACCUAAAUAACUUUUUAGCUUAAUGAAGCUGUUUUAGUGUGUAGAUCAUGCAUCUCUGGUUUUACUGCUAAAUUCUCUGCCAUUUAGGAGUUAAAUCACUUUGUUUCUGUUUAUGCAGUCCUAGCCACACCUCCCCUGGCUGUGACUGACAGUCUGCAUGGAAAAAAAACAAUUUUCUCUUGCUCUGUAAACUGAACUUUAAUCACAUACAGCAGACUCUUGCAGGGUCUAGCAGGCUAUUAAAAUAGCGAGGGAUAAGAAAAUCUAAAUUAAAUAAAACUUGCAAUAAAGGAAGGAAAAAGAUGAGAUGACUCUUUACAUGAAGUGUUAAGGAAGGCUGUGCAAGUCACAUGCAGGGAGGUGUGACUAGGGUUCAUAAACAAAGGGAUUUAACUCCUAAAUGGCAGAGGAUUGAGCAGUGAGGUUGCAGGGACAUGAUCUAUACACCAUAACUGGUAAAUUAAAGGGACACUAUAGUCACCAGAACAACUACAGUUUAUUGUAUUUGUUCUGGCGAGCAGAAUCAUUACCUUCAGGCUUUUUGAUGUAAACACUGUCUUUUCAGAAAAAAUGCAGUGUUUACAUUACAGCCUAGUGAUAACUUCACUGGCCACUCCUUCACACUUCCCUGUUAGAGAUCCUUCCUGGGUCCUGGCUGCCUAAAAUGCAUCCAAACAUUCAGUAUCUCCUCCCUCUGCAUGCAGACACUGAACUUUCCUUAUAGAGAUUCAUUGAUUCAAUUCAUCUCUAUGAGGAGAUGCUGAUUGGCCAGGGCUGUGUUUGAUUCAUGCUGGCUCUGCCCCUUAUCUGCCUCUUUGUCAGUCUCAGCCAAUCCUAUGGGGAAGCAUUGUGACUGGAUCAGACCACCACUUCUGAUGAUGUCAGCAGACUGCUUGUUUUUUGAGGCAAACAGCAUGCGGAUCUACAGCUUCAGGCUUGAAUACAGUAAGAUUUUGCUAUAUUUUAAGAGGCAUGAGGGGCCCAGGCGGGCUAGAUGGUGGUUUUAACCGUAUAGGUUCAGGAAUACGUUUGUUCCUGACCCUAUAGUGAUCAUUUAAGCUAAAGUUGUUUUGGUGACUACGGUGUCCCUUUACGGGUUUAAAUGGUGAAAUUGCAAACCUUUAUUUAUAGGUGGUCCUAUAUAUGACCAAAUACAUUGUUGCAAAUUAACUUUUCAUAUGAAGAUAGUGUGCUCAGUGCAACAUGGGAUUAUGUUAAUUGUCUCCACUGCAAUGUUUAGUAAGGGCUUCAAUAGCGUUUGAGGUGAGGGGGACAUCUAGAGCAUCCCAGCUUAGAGCAGAGUACCAAUAGAGUGCUAACAUUGUGACCGUUUAUACACUAAACACCUGAUUUGUUGUGAAAUUACAAAAUGUAUGCAACCUAUCUGAAUAGAACUCUGUAAUACCAUGGAAAAAUGUUUGCAACUCUGUGUUUAGUGAAUAAACCCCCGACACACCAGUGCCAUUUCCCAAAAUAGGUUCAAUAGGCUCUGCGCCCUCACAUUUCAUUUUAAUUGCAACUAGUUUGUUUUGGUGUUUUUCUUGCGUUCUUCCUGUGAGUUGCUACAGUCCGUGUUCACAAUUGUGUGUGUGUGUAACCAACUUAGAAUACUCUUUCAGGGAAACGUAUUAUUCCGACUAGAGCUAGAAUAGAUGUUGAAUUUGCCUGAAAGAAAGAAGUCGCCAUUGUUGUAUAGGAACUAUGGGAUCUGCCCAAUCCCAUUUAAAAACAAUGCUAGGAUUGACUCAGACAGUUCUUGGUUUCAGAAGCUGCAAAUGCUGAAAUGUCAAAGGUUAGUAUCUGCUGAGUUAUACCUUUUACAAAUUGUUCACACUGAGAUCAGAUGCACCUGUGUCAGCAAAGCUUUGUUUGGGCCUUUAUUUUAUACAUAAAGGCUUUGGCAGUAUUAUCGGUGACCGUAAUUAAGCUGAAGUCUUAAAUUCAGAGACUCAAGGCUAUCUGUACAUUAUCAAAUCCUACCUUCGUUUUGAAUGACUGCAGUGGCCCCCUUCAUUACAUUGUCGUAUUAAGUAAUGUUUGGUCGCUUUUGAAAAUGGCAAAUCGUCUAUAUGAAAUACUUUUAAUGUUUCAUGGAGAUAAAGUUAUGUUCAGUCAUUCUCCAUGAAUUGUUCCUGAAAGGUUCGCUCUACAUUCGGAUAUGCUGUGUCUACUGAUUCUUUACCCUGGUCCUUAGAAUGAAUACAAAAAAAAAAAAAGUAUAAAGAUGUAUUCUGGAAAAUGGUUGAAGGUGGCAAAUACUACAAAAUCUAUUUUACCACUCUUAAUAAAGGGAAACCGGAUUUUAGCAGAACUGAUGGAUUACUUCCAUCAGAAAGAACAUCAAUCAUAACCUACACCUGAACAAAUUGUGCGGGAUUUACGUGUGGCUUCUUACUCGUUGAAUUGUUUCAGGCCUAGAUUAAAAGGAAUUUGAACCAUCUGACAUGCAUUCAUAUACAAGUAUAAUGAAUAUUGAGAUAAUCAGUGCAUUGUUCUUAUUUUGUACAUUUAUUGGCAUCACAGGUCAUUUGAUUGAAGGGUUUUGGUUAGUUUUUCACAUUAUUCUUUGCCGAAUGCUAAAUUAAAGGAAAUUGCUAUAAUCUUACUAUACAUGAGUUGGUCAUUUAUUUAUUUUUUUGCCCCAUGUUAGUAUGAUUUACCUAAUUUUUCUCGUCUGGAAGACUUCUUGGUGUAUUCACAUAGUAUUUAUUUUAUUGAAUGACUUGCUUUGGAAACCUCCUUAAUUUUUUCAAGGCUAAUGCUUUCAACUUAAUAAUGUGAGGAUUUCCUUAAAGCUUCUUGUUUUCAAAAUUCUGUUACUCCAAGCAACAAGAAAACUUCCUUUAACUCCUUAAGGACACAUGAUGUGUGUGACAUGUCAUGAUUGCCUUUUAUUCCAGAAGCUUGGUCCUUAAGGGGUUAAGAAAGCUUGUUUUAUUGUGUCAACAUGAUUUUAAAACAAGAGGUGAGCUACACAUUGGGUUUCCCUCCAUUUGAGGUAAGCAAGACUGACUUGGCAGUGUCAAAUUGCCAUUAACCCUUUCAGGACUGUCAUCAUUAUGGCACCCUAGCAUCCAUAAUAACUUCAUUGCCCCGAGUAGCUUUAAAAUAAAUUUGUUUUAAAAUAAAGCUUGGAGAAAAGACGAGACAGGGGGGAUAUGAAAGAAACAUUUAAAUAUAUAAAGGGAAUCAACACAGUAAAGGAGGAGACUAUAUUUAAAAGAAGAAAAACUACCACAACAAGAGGACAUAGUCUUAAAUUAGAGGGACAAAGGUUUAAAAAUAAUAUCAGGAAGUAUUACUUUACUGAGAGGGUAGUGGAUGCAUGGAAUAGCCUUCCAGCUGAAGUGGUAGAGGUUAACACAGUAAAGGAGUUUAAGCAUGCGUGGGAUAGGCAUAAGGCUAUCCUAACUAUAAGAUAAGGCCAGGGACUAAUGAAAGUAUUUAGAAAAUUGGGCAGACUAGAUGGGCCGAAUGGUUCUUAUCUGCCGUCACAUUCGAUGUUUCUAUGUAAAGUGAUUAUCUGCCUAGGUCUUUGUGAAGUCUCUUUUUCUGUUUUAGUUUUAGCCAAAUAAAUGAAAACAUCCAGCACUCUCUGUUUUCUUAUUGGGUCCCACAAGUAACUGAUCACAUUUCAGGAUUCUAUUAAGCCAGGUUGCAUUUGGGUAACUAGUGAAAGAAGCACAAAUCUAAGAAAUGCUGUCCAUUUCCUUUAUGUUGACUAUUUCACUGGUCUUGGCAGAACCUGAGACACUCUGUGAUGAAGUGAGAGCUCUUUCAUGUUUGCUGUUUACUUUCUGCUAUAGACUGUAUAGUUUCUUCUUGUCCUGAGAAUCUUGCUCAGCCGCCUCCUCCUCUCUUCAACAGGAUUGUUUCCAAAGAGUCAAAUUGUAAUUCGUUUGUCGGAACUGUUCCCAUCAACCCUGGAGUUGUGCCUGCUUCUACUCCCAUUUUAUUUACCCCACCUGAGCUGCUACUGCAGUUGAUGAAAAAGCAGAAGUAUGAAUCCCAACUGAAGGACACCACUUCCUCGCUGCAUGGUCGUCUGAGCAAAGCCCUCUCUCUGGGCACGAUUCCUUCACUUUCCCGUACAGGUAAUGGAACAGUUGAAUAUAAUUUCCACCUGAUAUGCUUAAACAGUCUGAAAGUCAACUGUGCACAAGCGAAACAUACUGUGAUUCAAUGCCAUUUGUGAUUUGUUUCUUACAUUUGCAAUUUUAUUUCUGCCAAAAUUUGUAAUAAAAGCAGCGACAUUGAGACCAGGUUAAUUUUUAAAAUGUUCCCUUUUCUUAAUUUAUUCCCUACAUUUAGGUUAAAAUCAAUUUGGCAACGUAUAAGAAUGCUUGCUAUUCAGCAAAUUAACAGUCAACACGUUUCGUACGUCAGCACUUUAGGUGCACAAGUCUAAAGUACUAAAGUAUGAAAUGCUUUGACUGAUGUUUGGGGAGUCGAAAGCCCUUUUUGUUGUACGUUGCUGGAUUUAUUUUUAACGCAUACCUGGAGAAUAAAUGAAGUAAAGGGAAACCUUUUAAAGAUUAAAUUCGUCUCCAUAUCUCUGCUUUUAUUACUUCUAUUGACAUUAUCAGAGCAGAAGGACCACCUCCGGUUGCAGUGAUGGAGAGAUUGGCAUCAUCUAGUUUAAAGGUACUACCAGAAUGGCAAAAUGACUGGGUUUCCACACGAUGAGAGAUUUUACGAGAAAUUCAUUAAGUGGCUUCAUAUAAAAUAUUUCGGGUCUUCUUUUCCUUCAAUGAAUCAGGGGAAGGGGAUUGGAUGCAUGGAUCAUUUUGAUUCUCUUUAAAUGGGUGUAAGACACUGUCAGCUGGACACCUCUCCCCCUCUCUGCAGUGGAAUGUGCAACAAUCAGUGUCUCAGACUUUCCAGCCAGCCCCUUGCCCCCGAUGGAUUUCAAAGGCAGAGACAUUGGCCACAUAUUUACACCCUAUAGAAAUUAAAUGGGUGGCACUCACGCAAUGCACUGAAUAGCCAUAUAUGUUUCCUGCACUGAAAAUGUGUGGCACUUAUUAAUUUUGCUCUCAAACAGUUACUAAUCUGUAAAACAGUCUUGGAAUAAGUAAAUGCUAGUAAAUAUAUUGUUGGAGUAUCUCUUUAACAUGACAGAAGAACAGUUUUUAAUGGAUCAAUGUAAAUUUCUUUGGCAUAAUCCGCUUUCUUCAGUGGUCAUGGUCAAGGUUUAAAUUCGAACAAGUAUUUGGCAUAUUUACACUUCCCUGUGUUGUCAGAGUGCAGAUAUCACUUGGGGAUUUACUCAUUAUACAGUGAGUUAACAAAAAAGUUGGAAAGUUGUUAAACUGGCCUAUAUUUAUGCAAUUUUUUUCGUGUGAAUUACAAAAUGGGAGCUUACAGUGACUUUUUUUUGUAUGUUUGUUUUUUUGUGUGUGCGAAUGUGUUCAAUAUUAGUCAAUAGAUAAAAUCUAAUCUUGUGUGCUCCUGCUGCAGAUUCGGGGUACCUGUUCAGCGGAAGCCGCCCACCAUCCGUAGCCUCUACCUACAAGGGUCAGGAAUCUGCUGGUUCAGGUAAACCGGAUGUAACAUUUGAGUCAAAUCUUUCUAGCAAUAUAAAGGAACACUAUACUGUCACAAAUACAAACCUGUAUUUCUAAACCUUUAAGUGCCCUACUCCAUAAUUAGUUUUAGCCGAUAGACAACACGGCGACUGCUACAGUAGUUAGUUGAAAUGACACGGUCUGGGUGAGUUUAGUGGCUCUGCUUUAGUUCAAGUCCUCCUUUGCUACCCCUCCUUCCCAACCUAAAGUGUUUUUGAUUCAGCUGUAUGUGAUGUCAUGAAAUAAGAGAUGUAGUUCAGUCGUUCGAUUUUAGUUUGCAAUUGAAAUACAACUAACAAAACCCCUUGUUAAACCCAUAAAUCCUGAGAUUCAAAUGUAUUAUUAACUUUUCUUUGUGUAUAUAUUGCAAUGCCUUAGAAAAAAAAGGACUGAACUUCUGAGGUGUCCAAUUUGCUUUCUCCCAGAUUACUACUCCCUUCUGUCAGGUAGUCGUGCAUCCACUCCUCUUCCUUCCCCUACCCCUUCUAUUGCUGGCUCUGCUAUCUCCAGCUCGGGGUCCAUGUACCAUCGAAGACCAUUGAUAAGUCCUGCCCGACUGAACCUUCAUGGGCAAAAGCUUGGAAUAUCGCAUACAUCACUGAAUGGAAAUAUAACUCGGAACAGCAGUGAGGAUUCUUGCUACCCUGACAGCACACUCUGCCUUUUGGAGAUCCCACAAUUUGUGACCAAACAUUACUGUAAGUCUCCGACGCAUCUGAGCAAUUCAUUCCUACAUCAAACCAUUUUUGUAUAUUAUUUUAUUGCAUUCGUCCAAGUAGGUGUGUGGUUCUUUCAUUAAGCAUAUUUUUUCUGCCAAUUGAACAGCGCUGUAUGUGCUGUUAUUCUGAAUCAUUUACAUUCAUAUUUUUGCACUGAUUUUGUAUGAUUGACUGGAAUCUGUUCAAUAUUUCUGGGAAAUUGUGUAAACUAAGCUGUGAGUGAAAGUCUGCUUGCUUUCCAGCGUUAAGCCCUUAUCGACAACAUGGGGGGACCUGAAUUUUGUGACCUUUUUUCCUGGUUAUUCACUAAAAUUAGAAUUUUCAUGAAUUAGAUCAAAAUAGCUGAUCUAGACAAUUUCUCCAAAUCUGCUAUUGUCCCUUCUUGGCUAAUUGUGCCUCUAUUUGGAAUAAUUUAAUUUAAUGAACAUUCAAUGUUUGUUUUUAGGGUUUUCUCGUCCCUAUCCCCCCCACCACUCAUGGUCUCCGUUUAAUAUUGUAGGCCCAAAUUGGACAUUUGCCAUGCUUAAGUUGGUGAUUUUUCUCCUGGUCAUUACCAUUGCAGUUGAUGCAUGACUCCUCUCCAGCAAUCUAAUUAAUAUGACACACUGCAAGUUAGCCCUAGGUUACACAAUAUUGUAGAAUUGUCACAAUGUCAUUGAGGCUAUUAUAUAAUAGAGGAAAUGUGAAAACUGGGAUUUGCCCAGGCUGUUCUUUUUUUUUUUUUUUUUUUUCUUGACACUGUCAUAUCUGUGUCAAAUUAUAUUUAAAUACAUGUAGAAAUUAUAGUAAUAAGUGACCCAUAUUAACUGGUAGCAGCUACUUUUUUCUUAUCACAACUGCCACAAAUAUGACCUCUAUUUAUACAGAUUUUCAACACAAUUUUUUGGUAAAGUAUCUGGGUAUUUUCUUGGGUUUAUCAAAAUAAUGUUACGAUUACAUGAUUUAGUUUAUCAACAAGUGCAUCAAACUUUCGUAAAAUGCCAUCUACUUAUGAUCUUUCUCAUUCUACAGCCAAUGCAAGGAUCCCACCAACAGCUUAUAGUGUGUCAAACAACACAGCACUUUACAAAGAGGAGAACUCCUCACAAUCCUCUACAUGCCCAGUGGACACGACGACUGGAUUCAUGGACUCCCCAAAGAUCCGGCAAGGUAUGAUGAUUAGUGCAAUCCUGGGCUGGGCUGAUUUGCAGGUGGUGCUGUUUUUCACAGUCUCUUUUAUCUUGCAGGUUUCUGUGGAAUCGGCCUCAUUCAUGGAUUUUUUGUCAUCAGCCUCACCCUUAAUCUCCUCUUCCUGUCUUUCUACCUUCACCCCUUAGUUAUCUCUUUAGUUUAAAGUAGAAAGAUAUAGAAUAAAAUUUUAAAACAUCAUUUUGGCAGUGCUUAUUUUUCGAGAAUAUUAUUAAAGAGUUUCCUGUAUUUGUCAAAUCGUUGAAAGGAAAGUACAGUAUUUAGGCAACAUCUGUUGGGAUUUGGGAAUAUAUUGUUGUGAUGCUAUUAUGGUGUAGUUGAAUAAAUUUUAUUUUUUUUAUACUUGGAAUAGAUAUUAUUAACAAAAUAUGCAAAAACAGCCAAUUCAAGUAAUACAACAUGUGGCAAGACGCUGCAUGGGUGAAAUGAUCGUAAAAUAGCUGGGGAUUUAAUAUGUAACACUAUUAACCGGGGGAGGUGACCAGGGCUGCAUAAAUUCUUAAAGGAUUACUCCAACCACCAUGACCACUUCAGUGAUUUUAUGGUGGUUGGAGUCAGCAUGUGCAGUGUUUCUGCUUGAAACAUUGCACAAACAGAGAUAUUAACAAUUGUGUGCUGGGGUAGCUUGUAUCCUCAGCACACGUGACAUUGGUUGCCAAGAACUCUGUUCUGGACUGCCUAAUCUAAAUUCUGUGCAUAUAUCUUUUAAAGAGACCCAUGUAGGAAUAGACUCGCCUAAUAAGGUCUCCUCUGUCCAGAUAUUUGCAAAUCACAGCUUUUAGCAGGAUCUAAGACAUGGCAAGCAGAACCUCAAACACUACUGUUUUUAGGAAACCCAAGCUAACUUAUUAGUCUAGACCUGACUCUUCAGGACAGGAAGAAAUGGGAGAGAACUCCUAUAUAUAAAAGUGAAUUCCCUACGAAGGGCAUUUACAAAUGAAGCCAUGAGGCCUUUCAUCCUGAUUGGUUAAACGUAUCUGGGUAACAUUCGCAAUAGUAGUUAAUACACACAGCUGUGUUCAAACUUCCAGCAGGGAAGGGUGUCUGGCAAAAAUAGGGGCUACAUGUUUGAAACUGAAAUACAGGCAGCAAGGAACUGGAAAUUGCAAUACUGGAAUGACUAGGAAUGGUCACACCGAAAAAACAGACUAUUUAAUUCACUAAACAGUGUGGCAAAUUGAAAGCUAAAUUGUAAAGACUUGGAUAUGAUGGCCGGGUUGGAAAAGGACCCUAGCUGGAGUGUUUUCCCAGCUGUUGUGACCUAAUGUUUUAAAUUAGGCUUUCAUUUCACCACAAUUCACUGUUUAAUAAAUAAACACAGUUUUUAAAAGGGUUACUCCAAGCACCAUAACCACUACACCUAGCUGUAGUGGUUAUGAUGCAGGGUGUGCCCUGGUGCAGUCUCCUGAUAAUGAAGUAAACCGUUUUGCAAUGAUUUGCCCUCUUACCUGGGUCCCACCGGGUGCUAUGGUGACAUCUAAUUUCUACAGAGCCGGGUGCCGAUCCCUUAGCCAUUCAUUGGCUGAGAGCAACAGCUCUACCAAUAGAUGGCAUUAUGUACAGAGUUGACAUUAGCCAUCAUCAAACUAUUUUUUUCUGUCAUAUGGUGGCAGUAACUGAAGGGUUAUACUUCUCCCUGAGGACAAGACAUCUUAGCAAUUAAUUUUAAAAAAGGACCCUCCCCCUUUACCUAUAAAGUGCUGUACCUCCAGACAUACCCCAGUCUUCUUUCUUGUCCCGAGAGGGAAGGACAGGACAUCGGAUGGUGAGACACACGGGUUUUGUCUGGGAGACCCGGUCCGAGAGCUGCCCGGGCGGUAGGCUGUGACCAUGCUCCUAACUGGUAAGGUUACGGAGCAAGUGGAGGGAGAGUCUAUUUAUGCCGAGAACGGUUCCGGCAUUACUUCCUGGAGGUGGAGCUCGGGCCGAGCAUGCGCACAGGGGUGGAACGCACGCCCGGGUGGCUUCUGGAUGCGCUAACACGCAUGCGCAUACCGGAACCUUAAAGGAAUAUUUUUUUUUUUUUAAAUAAAUUUUUUAAAAAAACGUGAAAAUUGAAAUCCGGCAAAUAUAAGAAGCUGUGCAGUACCUACUGACUGCAUGGAUGCAGGUCAGAAGUAGUACACCGUGUCACCUGCCCCCCACACGGCUCAGAGGUAUUUUGAGGUGAGAUUUAAAUUAAUCUUUACUUUAAAAUAUUCUCUGAAAAUAUUUUCAAAUCAAGCUAAAAAAACCUCCUUUCAUAUGUUCUCCACAGAUAUGUCUAGCCCAGCUUAUCCUGACAUGGACAAAGAAAAUCUGGCUGCUGCUAAGCCUAGAAAGGCUACGGUAAAAUCUAAACAUCUAGUUUGCAGUGAAUGUGCAACGCCUCUCCCAGAUGGAUCAAGGAAAAAGAUGUGCAGUCAGUGUACUGCAAAUUCUUUGGAAAGAGAUAAGCAAAAAGAUAUGCAGUCUUUCCUAACCUGGUUCCAAGAAAAUCUGGCCCAGACCUUGGAAACGAUUGAGUAUAAAAAGGUGGAAUCCCCGAUACAACAAAGGAUCAAGAAAAGAAGGUCGCCGCCUACACCUGAAAGCUCAUCUGGGGAAUAUAUUUCAUCAAUUGAUUCAGAUGAUUCAGGUUCCUCUUCAAGUGAACCGGUUGGUUUAUCUUCCGAUGAAAUUUGAAAUUUUUUAAAGGAAGUUAACCUAACAAUCCUACCUCAGGAUACUGAGAAUCCUAAAAGGGUUUUUUUUUGUACAGCAAAGCCUCGUGAAUCUCAUUUUUAGGGAAUGGAGAAACCCUGAAAAACAUGCUUUUAUUUCUAGACACUUCAAGGAUAUCUUCAGACUGGCGGGCAAAGUUAUUU